CUUUGGUACAUAAUAAAGCUGUAUUGUACCUGAGUUGUACCUUUAUGUAAGCACUGAGGGGGGCAGAGAAGAAGCUAGAACUAAUCAACCAAUCAUCAUCCACUUAUCGAACCAUCAAUUCAUCAAUCUAUCUAUCGCAACCUUCUCGCCUAUGUGACGAUGUCGAUUCGACUGCGUAGGAAUUGACGCCUUUGAAAUAUCGUAUCUGAACCCCGACUAUAUGUAUAUAUGCGAAACCUGAAAAUUAUGAUUGAAGCCUGGACAUUCCCGCAAUACCAGACCUAAGCUAUUCAUCAUCAUCACCAUCGAAGACUCAAGAUGGUGGUCCGAACCACUUCGCUCAACUCGCUCAAGAAAUUCCUCCCCAAGAUACACCAACCCUUACCGUUGACCCACCGCGAGUCCCAACAGCUGCUCGAUUCCAUUACAAAAUCCUUCCGAAAGAACCUCGAUAAGGAACACCCGUGGGAGCAGCACGAUGAUAUAACAUCGCAGACUUCUAUACCCCAAACCAAAAAACCUAUCCUUUCGACAUCUCUCCCCUCUUCGUCUUCUUCGAUAGAUACCCCUGGCCAGCAACAUCCGACAGAUCAACACUUACGCGCCAUUCUCUCCAACCCCCUCUUUUCCCACCAAGGAAAGAAGAAACUACCUUCGGCGUCUAGGGACCCUCUCGAUGUCUUCGAUUCUGCUGUGUCGCGGGGUCUUAUGACCCCGCAACGUGCUGCCGGUUUUCUCGCCAAGGUACGGUCCCAGAUUGGAGGCGAAUCAGCCGACGAUAUUCGGCGGGGUAUGGCCGCCUCCGGGGCUGGGUUACGAGUGGUGCAAUGGCUUCGGGCCUCCGGUCUAGAAAAUGACCUGCAAUUCAGUUCUAACUCGGCCUUGUUUGCGGCCCUUAUACCCUUUAUGUAUGCCGAAGGCCUUGAGGAAAUAGCUUGGACAUGGGUCGCGCGCCUAUCUAUAUGCGACAAGACCGACGAUGUCAAGAAGCUUCACAUAUCGACCCUGUCGGCCCUAUUGUUCGCCAUCGUGAACCAGACGAGUCAUACGUACUCUGGGGUGAAGACCAGCCUUGACCCCUCCUACGAGGCUAUAAUACGCGCGAACGAUAUACUGCCUACACAGAACGAAGUAGCGUUCAAAAGUUUCCGGAAGGCGUGGGCUAGAUUGUCUUGGAUUUCUACGGUGUGCGCUUCGGAACGGCCAAAACCCUCAGCACCUCUGUUCGAAACGUUCGUCGAUAUAGGACGCCCGUGGAAGAUGCCGAUGGAUAUGGCGCAUCUGGAGCUCCAUCACCCCCUCAUGCCCAACCAUUCUGCUGCUGUUCGGUUCUUACAUAACAGUUCCGAUUCCGCAAAUCUUCAUCCAUCUACCCGCAGGCGGCUUGUUUGCUUAGCUCUGGAUACAGCUGAUCGGCUGAAAGAAGUCGGAGAUGCAGACGAGGUCUCCUGGGUUGAACGAUUCUUGCUAAGAAUAGAAGACGACUUGAACUUGGCAUUUUUAGUGCGCCUGCAAAGGACUUGAUAGCAUCCGAAUUACCUAUUUAUCGUAUGAUAUAAGAGGCACGGAAUCACAGCAUGAGGAUGGGAAUGGCCAUAGUGCUGUUCAAUGUUUUUAUUAUGGGAUAGGAAAUCUAGGUUGGACUGGCGUUUCGAGGGAUUGGGCAUGGCGUGUUAUAUACCGAGCUUUAUUCCAAUGAAAUGGGAAUCGAAGUUCGCCAUGCAGCAUUUAAGGGCUAUCAGCAGCAUAAGCACUUAACAAUAAAAUUACUAUUGUAUAUCUUGAUUCACCUCCUCUUAUGUUCCCCUCCUACACUUGUCAGAUGUAUUCUAAUCAAUUCGUAUAAAUACGUUGCAUGUAAUUAUUUAC